AUGGAUUUUUCGGAGAAAUCUUCGCCAUCGUCAACACCACGUUCUGUUCGUGCUUAUCAUCGAGGAAACGGCACGUUACGCGGAGGCGGAAUCCAAAAAGUUUACGGCACGGGACCAACUUUCAAAACAUAUAAGCAUAAAUUGGAUCGUCGACUGGGACACUGCGUCAUUGGUUGCUUAAUCAAAAUUGCUGCCGUACUGAUAAUAUUUGGAUUAUUCCAUGAGACCGCACAUGAAGGACUUCUCCAGUACAUCGAUUCAACGCGACAAAAAAUCAUUGACUCAUUACCCGCACCGAUAUCUUUACCAUUAGCAUUAUCAACGAUGGCUUCUGACACUACUGCUACUACUACUGCUACUAUCGAAGAAACAAUUGCUUUCACCGGAUCGACUGUCUUUGCUAUAAAAGGACAAAAAUUGGUACUCGAUAAUGAGCAACUUGAUGAUUUGCCUGAUAACGAGAAAUGGACGACUACGAUUGCUGUACAGACCGAAGAAAGCACUGUGAAGCAAGAAGAACAGAUUUUGAGUUUUCCAUACAGUGAACCGGAUACUUGUCUCGGCUCUUUGGAAGUCGACAGUAAAAGGUGUUUGGUGGUUGCCGAACUUGAUCAAUACCACAAUAUUCUGCUCAGCGUAUGA